AUGACAAUCACAAAUACCAUUCGUCGAGUAGCUGUCAUCGGCGCAGGGCCCUCUGGCCUUGCUGCAGUCAAAUACCUGCUAGCCGAGAAAUGUUUCGAUCAAAUUGAGGUCUUCGAGCAAAGGAGCUCCGUUGGAGGAGUUUGGAAUUAUACGCCAAGUUCCGUGAAAAAAGGAAUGUCAACAACUGUCCCGCAUUUAACCCCUCAUGAGCCAGCCGAGAAGCCAGUGUGGAUCAAUACUACCGAAGGGCGCGAGGCAACAUUUGUGUCUCCGCUAUACGACCGAUUGGAGACCAAUAUCCCCAAGGAAUUAAUGCGCUAUUCGGAUAAGGCAUUUCCAUUGGACGCCCAGCUCUUCCCCAAACACCGGACAGUGAAACAAUAUCUUGAAGAAUAUGCCGAAGAUAUCAAAAGCUUUAUUCAAUUUGAGACGCAAGUCUUAGAUGUGAAACUCGAAGAUGAAAGUCUAAAAACCUGGAGUCUAACGGCGAAGAGUCUCCGAACUGGCAUCGACACAACCCACAUUUAUGAUGCUGUGGUGGUUGCAAGCGGUCAUUUCACGGUCCCUUAUUUACCAGAUAUCCCAGGAAUACAAGCCUGGGAUGCAUCACACCCAGGUGUUAUCUCUCAUUCCAAGUUUUACAACUCACCAGAACCUUUUCAAGGAAAGAAAGUGGUUGUGGUAGGAAGUUCUGCCUCGGGGCUUGACAUUGGUGCCCAGAUAAACGAAGUAAGCCAGGGAAAAGUGUUGGUCUCCCAACGAUCUGAAUCCUACUUGGCUGCACCCCCUAAUGGCGAUAAAAUCAUAUGCCCGGAGAUAGUCGAGUUUCUUCCGCCAGCCUAUGAUAGAGGUAUAAAAUUUGCGGAUGGUCGCAUUGAGGAACACAUCGACGCCAUUGUUUUUUGCACUGGCUAUUUCUAUUCAUAUCCUUUCCUGUCUUCACUCAAUCCACCCGUUGUGACCCAUGGGUGGCGUACAAUGAAUGUCUACCAGCAGUUAUUUUAUAUUGAGCACCCUACCCUCGUCUUCCCAGUGCUUUCCCAGCGAGUUAUUCCGUUCCCGAUGGCUGAGAACCAUGCUGCUGUCUUCUCCCGUGUAUGGUCCGGACGGCUUACACUUCCACCAAAGGAUGAGAUGAAAAUAUGGGAAAAUUCCGAAAUUGAUGCCAAAGGAGAUGGAAAGGAGUUCCACCUGCUUCCAUUCCCCAUGGAUGCUGACUAUCUGAAUUUUCUUUACAAUUGGGCGGAAAAGGCUAGCCCACGACCUGGACUGUCCAACAAUGGACAAGGCAAACUUGGCACUCGAUGGGGUGAGCGAGAAAGAUGGAUGCGGGCCCAUUUCCCAGAUAUAAGGCGCGCCUUUGUCCAGCGAGAUAACGAGCGGAGUGAGAUCAAGAAUCUAGCAGAGCUUGGUUUCAGCUUCGAGGAGUGGAAGAAGCAACAAGAUAAUCAGUCAUGA